GGGGAGCCCAGAGGAGGCACUGAACUGAGUAGAGAAGGUGGCAGGGAAGGCUUCCUGGAGGCAGGGACAUCAUCGUGAGGUCUUUAAAGAUGAGUAGGAAUUGGGGCACCUGGGUGGCUGAGUCAGUUAAACGUCCGACUUCGGCUCAGGUAGUGAUCUCAUGGGUUCGUGGGUUUGAGCCCCGCAUCGGGCUCUGUGCUGACAGCUUGGAGCCCAGAGCCUGCUUUGGAUUCCGUGUCUCCCUCUCUCUCUGCCCCUUACCCUCUCGUAUUCUGUCUCUGUCUCUCUCAAAAAUAAAUAAACAUUGAAAAAAAAUUUUUUUAAAGAUGGGUAGGAGUUGGCCAAGGAAGGAGGAGAAGAAGGGAUGGGAUUGCAGUAGAAAUACAAUAGUACUUCUUCCCUCCCCUCCCCUCCCCCCCUUCACUUCAUUCAUUUAGUCAUUCAUUCAACAAACACUUACUGAGAGCCUCCAGUGUGCUAGGCACAGGGCAAUAGAGAGAAUAAGACAUCCGGGUUCUGCUCCCAAGAGCCUUCCUUAGAGAGAUAGUAAUAAAUGGUCAGGAAAAUGCCAGGGGAUGGUAGGCGUUACCAUGUAAAGGAAGGGUUAUAGUGGUAGAGAGGGCCUGCUUUGGGCAGCUCCUUUGUGUUGGGAGGUCUACAAGGAGCGAAGACUCAGAAACUAGAAGCACCCUGGUAAGAGGGGCUGCGGUGAGGUAACCUUAGCAGCGGGAAACAGUGGGGAGGGGGGAGCUGGGGGUCUCCCCUUGAUUGCCCCUGCAAGCGCGAGUGAUGCGAGCCUUUGAGUCCAGCCUUUGGGUCCACCCCACAGGGGUGAACACACCUUCAUCGGAGGUGGACCAGCUGAGGCAGACCAGCUGCCCCUCUCCCUGCCCUCCCUGCCCUCCCUGCCCGGCACAGGGUGGCUCCAGAAACAGCAUGGGCAGGACAGCGUGCACGUAGAGAUGAGUGGCCCUGGAGAAUGGACCUCCAGCUGGGUCGGGGGACGGCCGCUCCUCUGUGGAGGCAAGCAGGGAUGUUACGGCAGCUUUGACAAGAGAAGAGGGCUGAGGGCUGGCAAGCUGGGUGACAAGAGUAAUGGGGGCCGACAUGGGAGGGCUCUCUCCGACUCGGUCUCCUCCUCUGUACAACGGGGGCAUUUGUUGUGCUCUCAUGAGAUGGGCAGACACACGUCAUGUAACUUUCAGCACCACCUGGGAAACAGGGGACCAUUUUCAUCCUGUUUUAAAGACAAGGGAGGACAGGGCCAGAGAAGGCCAGCCACUUAGCCAGGGUCACACAGCGAGCAGCCCGUCUCAGGAGCCCUGCCCUUGACUGUGUCUGUGGGGAUGACACAAGAUGGCGUAGGGCCUGGCACACCGUCAGUGCUUAGGAAACACCAACCGUGUCCUUGCAGUGUUCGAGUAGAUGUGGGCUUGCCCUUCGGAAAGGCCAUUUCUCUUCGAAAGUUUAUGUGAGCGGUCCAGCCAUGGGCACCCCCCAUCGGAAUCUGACACCAUCCCCCCCCCCACCUUUGCUGGGGGCCUACUUUGUGCACACCACCGGCACUUUCCGUGUGAGGCAGAUGUCAGGAUCUCCAUCCAUGAGAUGAGGCGGCUCGGGCAAGAGAAGACCACGUGGUAUUUGAACUCGGGUCUGCUGGGCUCUCAAGGCCAGGUCAGGUCGCCUCUGAGAGGGGAUGACUGGGGUUUUGAGCCAGACUUCCCCGUAAUCUUCUAGUACAGUCUCCUUGGGGGGUCAAGAGCCAUAGGGGAGGGGGCACUGCCUGAGGACCCCGAGCAACAGAGCGUAGAGCCUGGCAGGCCUCAAGCCUGGGUCUGCCGGCCCCGGGUGUGCCCACUCCCCCUCCGUUCCACCAGAGCAGGUGGAUGCACGGUGCCCUCUGAGGCUGCCGGGUGGAUACAGCAGAGCCCUUGUUGGAAAUGAGGGCAGGAAGGGGGGGUCUCUGAGGCCAUCUUGGGGAACCACGUGCUCAUCACGAUCAGGCUUUCCUUGGGAUUCUGGCCGACCCAAGCCCGAGGAAGCGACGUGGAAAGCAGGAAGGAGGAACACAGAGUAAGGUGUUUGCCCCCGCAACCAUGUCUUCAGCACCCCACAUGCCUGCCUCAAGCUGGCAUAACCAGAAGUGCUCACCAGGGCAGGGUUGCCUGGGUGGAGGAGGGUAGGAGCGCAGGCGGUGGGCUCAGCCAGACCUGGGUCCGAGUCAUGGCUCCGCACGCAGCCGCCGUGUGACGAGGGCUAGGCACUUUGUCAUUUGGAGUCUCUGCCCCCUGGUCUGUCCAGUGGCCAUCACGACCUUCCUGGGCGACUUGGGUCACGGCAGUGACAGGGGGCACCAUAGGCCCUUGGCAAAUGGCAACUCCUGUGAUUUGUCAUUACACUUGAUGUGGACUCCAAAUCACACUGUUCCGGGAGCCCGGGGUCGUCUCCCCAGCCUGGCGUGCCGCAGGUGCUCAAGCAGAUGCUUGUUGAAGUCACAAGGGAGGGAGGCAGAUAGCAAGGAAAGAAAGGCCUUUUACCCAUGCUCCUAACCUUUUAUUAGCCUCAUGCCAAUGUUUAAAAUCUUGGGGUACUGCUGAGGGGCAAGUUCAGCCAAGGCUAGCAAGCUCCCUGCUCAGGGGUACAUUUCUUAGGGGUCGUCACGUAUCCCUCGUCCCCGUUCUGAUUUGUCGCUCCCCAAGAACAUCUUGGUUCUCUUUUGCUAACUGAUCCCAAGGUGGAGAAAUUCAGCUGCUGUGCUGGAAAGAAACGUGCUGUCCAGCCCCAGGCAAGGCAGCCAGAAAGAAUACAGAGGGGAACCCCCUUCUUCCCAGGGAGCCCGAGGAGUGGAGGGUGGCUGUGUGACAGGGGCCUCGUGGGCAGCCCAGCCCGGUGACUCAGACCCUGGUUUACAUUUUAGAGGAGGCCGGGGCCUGCAGCUUUAUCAGAUGCCCACUGUCUGGGAAGAGGGGCUCUAAUUACAGACUGGCAGGCGGGGCCACACAGCCGGCCCUUCGCAGCGUGGAGAAGGCUGUUCUUCCCUUGAGCUCAGGGCAGGGCCUGAUGAAGGAGGGUCAUGAGACCCUGGCUGUUUCUAGAAAGAUUCCCUUUCCGUAUGAUUUUUUUUCCCCUCCCUUCCAAGGUUAAUUAAGGGUAUCUUAGGUCAUUAAAACGGCUUUUUGAGUAAGAAUGUGAUGGAUGGACACAAGGAGACAGUCUUGGGCUUGGUGUAUAAAUAACCUGGGGUUGACUUGUGAGAUCAAGCCAUUUCUGGGUUGUUGUUGUUUUUUUUUUUUUUUUUUUUCCCCGUAUCAGACUUUUCCCUGUUGCCUUGGAAACAAGCCUAGUGAGAGGGCUGUUGGGAGUUGUAGGACUCGGGUUCAAGCCACGGUGGUUCCUUCAUUUCGCACUAGGCAUGUCUCCUGCCUGCUGAGUGCUGCAGGCUGUGAAUCAGGGUGAAUGAGACCCAUCCCGUGGUGACAUGAUAUCGAGUAGAAUAGAAUAAGUACUUCCCCUGUGGCUGUCAUUUACCGUCUUGUACAUGCUGGGCAAGAACCAUCUCAAUUGGUUCUUUGCCACAACUUUUCGAAUGGGCAGGUUGUCUGAUCUUCAGUAGGGAAACCAGGGCUCUGAGCCGAAGGGCGUCAGCCCUGGAGGGAGACCCCAAGCCAUCUGCUGACUUUCUGAAAGCAUCGCUUAUCUGAGGGGGAGAGAAAACAGGUUUAAACUGUGUCCACAAGCCACGUGGUCCCAGGAAUUAUUCUCCAAGCCUGGUGGGGAGAAAGGAAACCGGUUGAUUUGCAAGCAGACCAGUCUUUCUGUGUGCGUUUCUUGCCCGUGCGAUGCUUGACUGCAGGAGGUCUGGGGACAACCCAGAGAAGUGUGUGGAAAAGUCACCAUCCUCAUGCCACGGGGCUUGGGGCACAAUUGGCCACUUUCAAGGAUCUUAGAGGUAUGGGUAGAGUCUGGCUUCUGCGCUAGCGGGGGCUUUGGAAUUGGACACCCGUGGGUUCAAGUCCCAGAGCCCCCCUUACCAGUUCAGUGACCUUGGACAAGUCCCUUUGGCUCUUUAAACCUCACAGUCUUCCUUUGCAAAAUGGGGAUAAGUGACAUCAGAACUGACCCUACAGGGCUGUUGUGAGAGCUGAGUGAGACGAGAUGUGUGAGUAACUAGUUCCUGGCACAUAGUAAAUCCUCAGUUAAUGGUUGUCGUGAUUUUCACCGCCAUCACCUUCCCCAGCAACGUGAUGUUAGCGUACUUCUAGGCCCCGGAGGCACAGUUUGGGUAUGUGCAAUGUUUGGGGAAGCAGGAUGUGAAGAGGGUCACUUUCUGGGGCUGGUAUGGAAAAGGCCGAAGCUGCUGAGGGUGGUCUUGGGGUGAGGGAAGGUUCAGUAGAGGCGGGAGACUAGGGGAAGGCAGCUUCAGACAGGGAUGCAGCAAAGCACAAAAGCCCAGAGGCGAGACUGAAUAUGGUCACGCCUCUGGCCUUUGCAUAGGGUUGGUCUUUAUCUCUCCCUUCCUGGUGUACUCCUAUUCAUCCUUCAAAGCCCCACGCAGGUACCCCUCCUCUAACUGCAGAUCCUCAGUAAACGGUCAUCUUCCCUUUGCUCUUGUUUUCCCAACAGCCCACUUUCUUGGGUUGGUUUGGGAUCCCUCUUACGUUCCCACAGCGUAUUAUCCACUUGACAUUCGUGUUACGAUUGUUCUUUUUUUUCCUUUUUUUUUUUCUGGCGUUUUCUUUUACCUGAGGAACUCUCUACAGGGUGCCUUUGGGAUCAGAUUCUUGGGAGAAAAUGUAGCUUCCCGUUUGAGGCGGUCCGCUGGAACACCCUCCCGCCCCCUUCAUGACUGAGAAUCAGAAAGCUACCCUGAGCUGUUCAGGGACCGUCGGUCCCCGUCCGGGCCCCCACACAGCUUGCGCACAAAGUAACUGCACGAGGAAUGUUUGCUGAAUGAAUGAGUGACCGACAUUCUCAUUCCGGCGACCGCACACGCUUGUCUGGAAAUGGUGAUCUCUGGGUCCCACCUCACGUCGUGGAUAAGAUUCCCAUUCAUUUCCUGCAUGUCAGCAGUUUCUGCAGCAUUUUGGGGAUUAAUUAUGUAAGGGGAUAGCUUCCUUUCCUUUUUCAUGCCCAGCAAUGUCCCAGGAGUUUCCUGGAGAGAAUAGAAGAGUUUGCAGAAAGAGCCCUCUGGGGGGAAAGUGCUUGUGCUGUGUCCCAGUUUUCAGGGAGCGACGCUUUUUAUAGUCACACAUUCAGACCACACUGUACCUAAAGGGAGCCAGGAGGGAGCAGGCAGGCAAUCUGGCUUUUCAGCUCAUUUCCAUACCACUCUCCCCUUCUGGAAGGAGGUGGAGCUGUGUAGUCCUGCCUCCUCCUCUGCUUGUCUGGAUGCUUAUCUCCUAUCCAGACUGAUUUGGUGGGGCCAGGAAGGACAUCCUCUACCUUGUCCAAGGUGGGAGGCCAGGGUUAGCAAAUGCCACCGCUUAAUAGCCGUUUGCCCGUGGGCUGGUCGCUGAGCUUCCCCGUGCCUUGGUUUUUCCAUCUGUACAAGGGGGCUGAUAAUCGUAGCAGAAACCUCAUUUCAUUGCUGGAAGGAGCAGAUGAUAUAACAAUGAUAUAAGCAAUGAUGUAACACAAUGCCUGGCACCCAGGAAGUGGUACCGACCAUGUCAAUAGCGAUGAUGAGUUUGAUGAUUUCAUCUCUGAAAAUCAGAGAGGUCGAGCAGCUUCCUCGGCGUCACACAGCUAAUAAAAGCUAGAGGCAGGUCUCCACAUCCUUCAUUGUGAUACUGUAUUGAUUUAGCAAACCCAGGGCUGGACUAGGGCGAGGGGACCGAGGCACACACCUACGGUACAAAAUUUAGGGAGGCACACAAAAACACCAGUGCUCAAGAUAAAUAAUGUUUUGAUGUGGUAUUUUAAAAUUUUUAUUUAUUUUAGAGAGAGCACUAUGUGAGUGGGGGGAGAGGGGCGGGGUGGGGCGGGGAGAGAAAGCGAGAGAGAGAAUAUCUCAAGCAUCUCAACGUGGGGCUUGAUCCCAUGACCCUGGGAUCAUGACCUGAGCCGAAAUCAAGAGUCGGACGCUUAGCUGACUGAUCGCCCAGGCGCCCCUCAAUGUGGCAUUUUUUUUUUAAAUAAAAGUUAAUGUAAAAAAUCCAUGAACAAACCAUUAACCUCAUAAAUAAAGACAGGAUCAGCAUUACCGACUUUUUUUCCCCUCCUUUUGGCCCUGACAUCAGUAUGGCUGAGCACAGCACUGAGCAAGCCCCUUUUUGUUGCACAGUUAGGCUCUUACUAAUUUUUCACAAAUAUAAAACUCCUAUCUGACCAUAAUAAACAUCCUUGUAGCAAAAGGUUUGUGUGCCUUCUUUGGCAAUGAGAAGGUUUCUCGGUGUGAAACUGGAUCGUGAACCACAGGGUGAAAAGGCAGGCACGUCCUCCUACCGCAGUCAUAAUUUUCAAACAUACAGAAAAGUUAUAUUGGGGACAGGGGGACUCACAUACACUCACCAGCUAGAUAAUAUAACUGCUAACAUUUUGCUAAAUUUGUUCUGUAAAAAUCUAGCCAUCCAUCCAUUUCUUUUUUUGUUUUUCCCCUGCAUAUCAAAGUAAGUAUAGACGUCAGGAUGCUUUUGCAUAUAGGUCACUAGCUGGCAGCUAUUGUUUUUUGGGUUUUUUAUUUUUUAGUGUUUAUUUAUUUUUGAGAGAGAGGGAGACAGAGUGUGAGCGGGGGAGGGGCAGAGAGAAAGGGAGACGCAGAGUCCGAAACGGGCUCCAGGCUCUUAGCGGUCAGCACACAGCCUGACGUGGGGCUCGACCUCUCGAACCGUGAGAUCCUGACCUGAGCCGAAGUCGGAGGCUCAGCCGACUGAGCCACGCAGGCACGCCAGGCCAUUGUUUUUAACACUUUUGAUCUUGGAUGUUAAAUUCCCUUUGGAAUUAUAUACUGAUUUCCUUUUCUAUCUGCUGUGGGUAAGAGUGUCUCUUUCCUCACAGCCUGGCCAACACUGGGUAUUAUCAUUUUAAGGUGAUUUAUGUACUGCUUUGAUUGAACUUUUUUCCCUCCCAAAGGUUCCCAGAUUUCCCAGCUCUGUGUCCAGAUGGUCUGUUAAAAAGCUGUGUCCUUUUUCAGCACUUUAGGUAUUUCUGGUGUCGCUUUGCAGGACCCAGGUGGGAAGGACUCAGCUGUUCCCUAUGUCUGCCCCCUCCCUGGCAGUUCCUAGCUUGCUGGAUGAGGGAGCAGGGCUGUGAAGUGGUCUGCCCGCUGCAGGAGGCUGACCAUGGUCACUCCAUGUGAGGAAACAGGCAAACUUUGAGACCAGAAGCCCUGGGACCCUGGAGGAUGGAGGGGGUGGUGGGCAGGGCUAGACACACGUAUGGAGGUGGAAUCGGUGCCCCGUGCACGUUUCCUCAUCUACCAGGAUGGGGUAAUGCUUCCUAACAUACGGGACCCGCAAGCUGCUCCAAGAACCCCUCAUCAGCCCUUCUUUUUCCCCCUCCUUCUGCGUCAGCCCUUGGUUUCCCGAUGAAGCAGACGCCGUCCUGCCUCUCGUGUGAUUUCUGUGGGUCAGGAAUGUGGGAGCAGUUGGGCUGGGGGUCUCUGGCUCAGGGACUCUCAUGGGGUUGAAGUCAAGGGCAGCGGUCAUCUGAGGGUUUGACUGGGGAUGCAGAAUCUACUUCCGAAGUGGUUCUCUCGUGUGGCUGUAGACUGGGGGCCUCGGAUUCCCUCCACAGGGGUCUCCCCGUAGGCCUGCUUGGGCAGCCUCACAACAUGGUAGCUGGCUUCCCCCAGCACCAUCUAAGAGAGGAAACUGCUACUGUUUCUGCCCUGGCUUUGGAAGUCACGCCCUGUCAUUCCUGCCUUAUGUUCUUGGGCUCGGAGACCAACUCUGAUUCGUUGUGGGAGGGGACCACGCCAGGGUGUGAAUGACAGGGGCCAGGAGCAUUGGGGGCCAUCUUUGAGCUCCUACCACACUGAACAACCUUAGCAGAUGAACUUCGCCUUUCUGGGCCUCAGUCUCCUCCUCUGUCAAAUGGGUGCAUGAAUUAAUUCCUGUGAACACUUAGAAUGGCAUUGGGAACUCAGUUUUGCUCUCGGUAAAUAUUAGCCACCGUCAUCGGUGCCUGCUUAGUCCUCGGUGGCGGGGGCCAUACUUAGUCUCUGUACCCAGUGCCUGGCCCUGAGCAAGUACUCUCUGAAUGUUGGAGCGAAUAAGCGACUGAAUGAAUGCACGAAUGAAUGAACAAAUGAACAGCCAUAAGGACUGGGAAUCCAGGGUAGAAAGAGAUGUGUGUCAGCUGUAUCAUCAGAAAUGCUUUCAUAAAAAAACCUUCAAGUGAGGCCCUUUCAUCAGCAUCUAGCAAAUAUUUAUUCAAAACUGAGGUAACGUGGGUGGGGGAAGGCGUUUGGGAGGCAGUCAGACCUAUCAAGGUAUCCGUCUUGGACUCGGCGUUCGAACAAUAAAUAUUUAUUGAACUCCAACUCUGGGCUAGGUGCCCCGUCACACCCAGCAAAAACAGGGGGGUCGGAACAGCCUCCGUCCGUGCCCUGGUGGUAUCUUUCCUGUGUGACUUUGGGCAGGUGAAUCUACGUCCCUGAGCCUGCAUCUGCUCACCUGCAGAAUGGGGGCCUGGGUCCCCUCCAGAGGGAGAAAGCUCCUUCAACAAGUGUGCCUCCCCUCUGUUAUCCAUCCCAGCUGUAGCAGGUCCUUUCCUGACAAACACCCCCUCCGGUCUCUGUCUUGUCUGCAUCCCCCACUGACUACUCCAGCUCCGCAAGGGUUAAAACCCAGGCGCUCAUGUGACCCAGUGUAAACCAUGAAUCAUUCCCAUUGCUCCCGGUGCAGAACCUCCCGCCCAGGAUGGGGCAGAUGCUGUACCCCGGGGUUGCCAUGGCAACCCGCCUGCACUGAAAUACAGCCCAGCCCAGUUCCUUCCUUGGGGGACCUUGGGGCUGUUUCACCUGGCUGGGUGUUGCUUUCCAGGGAGGGAGGGAGGGAGCGAGAGAAGGCUGGAGAGGAGAGAGAGAGACAGACACAGAGCCGAGCUUGGGGACAAACAAGUGGAACUUGAGACGCGGGGAGGGAGCAGAAGAACCUGACCAAGAAACAGGCCACCAGAGGGAGACAGACUGACAGCCGAGAGCUGAGGAGGUCCCGAGAUGCUGCCUGUCACCCCAGAGGCAGUUUCCCAACUGUCCCAACCUUCCCGGGGCUGCCAGAUCUCCAACAGCCACGCGCCCGGACGCACACACGUGCAGCCUGCAGUGAGGGCACAGGGCGGGUAGGCUGUUGGCACGUGAAGUCACCGUCAGCCCCGAGGGACGGUGAGCGAGUUGGGACUUGGGGGAGAAAAAAAAUGGGGGCGGACGUCAGCUCCCUGGGCGGCCGCCUCCCCGAGGCCCCUCCUGCAUUCCUGGGCAGCGAAGCCCCUCGCUAAGACGGGGACUGAUGUCAUCCUGGGCUGCCGAGCCAGGAGAGAGCCAGGGGACCCGGGGGCCCUGGAGGCUGGCUCCGGAAGUGAGCUAGCUGCCUGCCGGCCGGCAGGUUUGGAGUCAGUCUCUGGCCAGAGGACGAAAAAACCUGAAUGGUAUGGGUCAGGUGAGCAGGGUCCGGCUGGGGGCAGUGGCAGUGGCAGGUGGCCUGCCCACCUGGUCCUUCCAGUGUGUGCUCGGGAGGGGCCGCCUCCCCGAGGGACAGUGAGCACUGGGGUGCCCAGGGCCACCGCCUCUUCCUCCCCCACCUCGCGGGGACCGUCACACCCUGGAGUGAGUGCUGCUAGAUUUCCCCAAGCUCCCAGCCGAUGCAGCCCGUGAGUGCCGCCGGGGCUGAAGCUGGGACCGCCCAGCGUGUUGACUUUACAACUGGGGUGGGUGGACUCCCAGCCUGACCCUGACCUGCCUCCGAAUUCUCAGCGAGACCCGCAGGUGCCGCCGGCUGCUGGCUCAGCGAUGGUUAUUUACUCCUGGUUUGGCUGAGGAGAGCUGCCAGCUUUUCUGUCCAAGCGAGCCCAGAACUUGCAGGAGCAGAAAGUAGAAAGAGGGAGAGGACCCUGGCACUGCAGUCGCUUUCUCCCUCGCUCACCUCCUUCCUCCCCUCCUCCGGCCCCAUGGAUUACCUGGGAGACAAACUUACGGUGGCCCAAACCCACAUGACCCAGUGGAUGGGCACUGUGAGGAGGUCCUUCCAGGAAGCCCUCAACUUAGUGACCACCACGGUGGGCCACGAGCGGGCGAGUGGAGAGCCCGCCAGCCGGACCCCCUUCAAGCGCACCUCCUCCUUCCGACACCUGGCCUCCCGGAGUCGGGAAUCUUUCCGGCGUCUCUCCGCCCGCAGCCAACAGAGAUUUUCUUCCCUGAGGAAAAGGCAGACGGACUCCGAGCCACCAGACCUUGACCAACUGAAGCAGUGUUUCUCCAGGCGGCCCCCCGAAGCCAAGGACACCGACACGCUCGUGCAGGAAGCCGACAGCCAGUAUGGGACGUGGACAGACCAGCGCCAGAGCGGGGAGAGUCCGGCUCCCGAGUCCCCGUCCCCAGACAGCAGUGCCGUGUCGGUGCGGAAACAGUUGCCCGGCAGCCGCCUGUCCUCCCUGUCCUCCCAGACGGAGGCCACCUCGGCCGGGGACCAGCACAGCGGCUCCAGGGACCAGCGGAGCACCAGCGUGGACCAGUCCAGCACUGACCUGGAAUCCACCGAUGGGACGGAGGGGCUGCCCCCGCCGGACGCUUGCCCUGCGAAGAGCGUGGAUGACUUCUCCUUCAUUGAUCAAACCUCAGUCCUCGACUCAAGUGCCCUCAAGACCCGGGUGCAGCUCAGCAAGAGAAGCCGCCGCCGGGCUCCCAUCUCCCACGCCCUCCGGCGCAGCCGAGUCAGCGAGUCGGAGAGCAGGUCUCCUUUGGAGGACGAGGCUGACAAUGCGUGGAUGUUCAAGGACUCAACGGAAGAGAAAUCUCCCAGGAGGGAAGAGUCCGAUGAGGAGGAGAAGCCACACAGGGCCGAGAGGACCCCCACCGGCCAUCCCCAGAGGAUGCCCGUGUUUCCAGGCAUGGACCCGGCCGUGCUAAAGGCUCAGCUGCACAAGAGGCCAGAGGCAGACAGUCCCAGCGAGACCCCAGGCUGGACCCCCCAGCCCAAGACCCCCAAGUCCCCCUUCCAACUGGGCAGUCGUGUGUUGCCCUCCAGCAUGGAGAAGGACGACAGGUCGGAAGAGCCCUCUCCCCAGUGGUUAAAGGAGCUGAAAUCAAAGAAGAGGCAAAGCCUAUAUGAGAACCAAGCUUGAGCAGACAGGGGACACUGCCACGUCUAAUGAACAGAAGCCUUAACUGUCAGAACCCGAAGACGAGGCCACACUGCUGCCAUUCGUUCCUGCACAUGGUUACCUGCCUGGGCCCUUGCAGUUGGGUGGAGAACACCGGCUGGGGCCUCCUGGCCCUCCGCAGGCUCACCCCGGAUCAGGGCAGCAAGACCCACCCUCCUCAAGCAGUUGCACGUCUCCCCAGACAGCACUUCAGGCUGAGAACGAAGCCAGGCUGCCCAGAAUUGUCCAUGUUGGUGGUUUUGUGUUUUCCAUAAAAAUGUACAUUUCUACCUACUUUUAGACACCACUCCAGGAACAUGGGUUUGAGGCUGGACCAUCUCCCUGGGUUCUGGAAAAACACCUGUAUUGUGAAAGCACUUCGUCCUCCAACCCCAGGGCAGGUCUCUUUCAAGAGCAUAUUUCCAAGGAAGAAGAAACCAUCCGUUUCCUGCUGUAACUGUGGUCCAUGGCAGUGUUACGGGGUUGGGGUUUUGAUUGCUUUUUUGGCAAGUUCUGUCUCCCUCCCUCUCAAAGAAUCAGCAGUUCCAAUUUUUUAAACACACACGUCUUUGCAGUGUAUUAAUCCUUUCAGCGGGGCUGUGUGCAUAGUUGACCUGUCUCAUUAUACGUCUUUUUUGUUUGCUUUAGAAGACGUUAAAGCAAUAAUUCAGCCAAUUUUCUUUGAAAUUAGAUAUGUACAUAUGUUUUUUUAUGUUAAAGAGCAGAAGGAAAGAUAUGUGAAGAGUUUGCUUGACAUAUUCGAUCAUCUCAGGUUAUCUCAUCCCUACCCGAUGCUUUUAAAACAAAUUCUAAUUGUCACCCUUGUAUACCAAUCUUCUUGGUUCCUUUCCAUCUGAGCUCUGAUUUCUAUGGAGUGACCUUUGUCCCUUGGCCUCAAAUGUUCAUAAAUUGCAGCCCAAAUGGCAGUGCCUUUUCACUCAAACAUCAGACCUGCCCUGAGAAUCUUUAUCUCCAGUCGUUUUUGAACAUCACCUGCACUGCUGGCAUGGAAGAACCUUUCCAAAUAGGUCUUUGAACAAAUGCAUGAAUGGGGGGUUCUUUUUUUUUCUUCUCACCUCUUCCUUCUACCACUCCUCCGUCCCCCGCCAACUCCACCUGACCAAGUGCUUAUUUUAGGUCCAAACACAGGAAGUGAGGGUCUUGCUGAAACUCUUCUCUGGACGAAAGUGCUGGAUGCUAGGUGACAAAGUAUAAGGUUCACCUUGCCUCUUUUUUUUUUUUCUUGAUAGCACUAAGCUCACUCACAGGAAUCUCCAGGACCUCUGGGGAUCAUCUUUCUUUUUGGAGAUUCUCAACACCAGCCUCCUCCACCUCUGAAACCCAAGGCUCCCGCAAACAUCCCAGAUAUGCUUGACUGGCCACCUGCCAUGCCUGCAGUCGCCAUAAACUUUGUGCCAACCUUGCCUGGGCCGUUCACAGGGCACCCUGUGACCACUGAGGGGUGCCAGGGCUGAGUUUCCUAAGGCUAUAUAUGGAAGGCUAUAUAUGGGGAUUGAGCACAUGUACGCCCACCCCCUGACUUCCCAAGAUGUGAAAAUCUUUCUUGAUAAAUCCAUUAUUUGCAAAGGGUGUCAAAACAUACCAUACCAUCCUUCCCCCUGGCCAUGUCUCCAGGGUUCUCCAUGUGUCUCCCCAUCUCUUCUUCCUCCCUCACGCUUUACCAUCUCUUCCUUCUCUUGGGGGGUGGGUGUGGGGGGUGAAGAGCAAUCCUGUUUCUUCAGGUUAAGCCAAACAUCUGGGCCCCGGAGGGCAGUUGUGGUUCAGCACCACGGACAGGGACCGAAGCCCCACCCCCUUUCCCCCGCCAGUCCUUUUGGCUGAACUUUGGCUACUGAUGGGCAGUUGUUGAACCAUGUUACCCACCCAACCUUUUGCAUCUGGAAGCCUCAUUGCAUCUGUGUCUAGAGGUUUGGCCCUGCUUGGUAAUAAUUUGAAUUCCUUUCAUUCCCCAAGUUAGUGGUCAAUCAGUUCUCUGGGGCAUUGGGUGGGAUGCAUCUAGGAACUGCUGCUUUGUGAUUUUCCUUUUUCCUUUCCCCUUUCACUUUCCCUUUCCUUUCCUUUUUUUUUAAAUUUUUUUUUUUUAGAUCCACUUAAUGUUUUAGAACCGUUUUGAUGCAAUGGCUUUCCAGGUCAAUAGAUACCCUUUAAAGACACUCUGCAUGUUCUGACCCUGACUCUUCCUGGCUCCUGUCUUUCUUUCCUUCAGGUGGGAAGGGUCCCUUGAUGCCAUUUUGGACAGUAGGAAUUUACCUGCCCAGUUCAAUGAGAAUAUUGAUACUCACCCAUGCAGAACUUUCCAAGGUUCAGUUCUGUUGUAGCCCAGUAUAUCCAACAGGAAAGAAGAACACUUGAACGUGAGAUUAAUCUGGAGAUCUUUUGCCUAUCCUCCCACACCUUGAUUGGAAAUAAGAAUCCAUUUAAUUCCUUUGUGAUUAGGAUGUACAAAGUCCGCCCCCCUUGAAAGUGACGAGAGCAGCCUCACCUCUCCACUGUACAAACGACCAUCACAGGGGGUCAGGAGCCACCGUCUCCCUGCAGGCUCCCCAUGAGCUCUGGAUCCCACUAUGACCAACGCAAUGAUGUUAGAAGUGACUGAUGCUUUGGAACUUUUGCGAAUAGCUGGGCACGUGUGUCAUUGGUUUUCUCCUCUUUCUAAACUGAGUGAGCUCUGGCGCUCAGUGGACAGUUGUAUGCUAGUUUCUUGAGUUUGCCUGGGCCACCUUUGGAUAUCUGUGUCUUCUAAAACUAAAUAUGCCUUAACCAUUUGUAUGCAAUCAAGUCACCUGCCCUCAUCCAACCGCCUUCCUGGGGGCCUUUGGCUCUCCUUAAAUGAGAGCCUUAUACUGAACACAAAACCCUAUGUACGCACAGUCUCUCCCUCUGUCUACACACACACGCACACACACACACCCUUUGCACGUCAGCAUUUUGAUGGCUGGUCUUUUGAUCGAGUCUGUGUGUUUUUCCCCUCCAGUGGGUCCCCUUCUUCAUGGUCUUUUGCCUAAUGAAACAGAGGCCUUUGGCUUGUGAAAUCCCAUGGUGAGACCUCAAAAAUCAGUGUUGUGGGGAAUUCCUUGGUGCCAUCAGACAAAUUCUGGUGAACUCAAAGGCUUGCGUUGUUUCGAUGUUGGGGGUUUUGAAUGACACUGACCCGACAGCCUCAGGUUGUCCAGGAUUCAGGAAAAGGACAAUGAGAUGGGGAGUUUUUCCAGGGGGACAAGCCAAGUCAUCUGUUGUGAGACAAAUGUGUUUCCCUUUGUGUGUCCUGGGAAGUGAGGCCAACUCUAGGCAUUGCUAAGGAGCGAGAAUAGAAACAGGCACAGGUCUGAGGUCCCAGAGUUUAGGGGCUUCGCAAGGGAUUGGGGGGAAGCCCUUGAUGUGCUUUCCCCACAGGAGAGCUCAGCUGCUCCCACCCGGUGCUGUGAACUGCCUCGUCCAUUUAUGCUUGUACAUGUCUUUGUCACACCCCCAGAUUGCCCCAGGAGCUAGGCAUAAUCACAAAGCUGAAAACCCACAGGGACAUGGCCAGAUCACCUCCCAAACUAAACACUUUCUCACAGGUGACUCGGGUCUGCACAAAAGACAGUGUCCCUCCCAAGGAGAAUGCUGGCAGGCCUGCCUCUCCCUCAUCAGUUUCUGUUUCUUCCCCCUCAAUCCUUGUGUUUCCCCCUGCCCCAUAAUCCUGUCCCUUAACACAGGAAGCUAGGUUCCUGUCCCUAGAAUUUCAGGGUGAGCCUGAGGGGAGAAGUAGAGGCAGGAGAAGAUCUCUGUCCAAUGGGGGAUACCCUCCCCCCUUAAUUCACGCCGUGGCAAAGUCACCACCGUAAUGGAGAAACCUACAGCCUCAAUUGUGCCUUUCUUCCACCACCAUGUAUUAAACAUGGAAGCAAAACUCCCAUGGCACCAUGGUUCCGUGGGGUGGGAGGGACAGCACUGACCUGGAGGGAGCCACCUGGAACAGGUAGGACCCACUCCAUGUGUGGAAGGCAGUCCACCUUGGGUUACACCCACCUAGGAAGCCACGGUUCUGGGCUCUGCUGUGCUAUGAGUCAACCCCGCUGGGAUUCUGGGCAAGCCGAGGUUCUGGAAAUGUAGGGCCACAUAGAAAGCCAGUCAGUAUGCGAGUGUGACAGGUGUUCGCCACCCUCUGUCCUUUGGUUCCCACCAUCCCACCCGUCUAGAAUUUGCUUUCUUUUGUUUGGAUUGAUUCCUGUGGGGAGGGGUGCAGAAAUCUGGGUUCUGCAGACUCAGCCUCAGGUUCCUGGAGCGCUAACCCUUAAAAUCAAUCGGCUUCUCCCCGAAUCUUCUUAAAUAGUCACUGUCCAACCUGGUGCCGGGACAUCUCCCUCUAUGAAUCCGACUGGCCCCUUUUUUUGACAAUCUCCAGUGGUGUCACGCCUACAAAAAAAAAAUGCUGUUGUCUAAAGAACAAUUUGAGCUUUUUACUGGUCUCAUUUCACAUAGCCUUAUAGAUCCUGUAAAUAGGGGGCUCAAAAAUAAUAUAUUGUGUUACAGAAGAUAAUUUUGUACUGUGCUGUUUCCUAAAUCAUACUAAUAUCCUAGAAACGAUGUACUUCCCCGAUGGAUCUGAUCCUCAAAACACUUUGUAAGAUGGAGGGAGUGGAAAUAUAUAUAAAUCCGCUAUAUAUUUUCCUAGCCUUUCUUCUGGGUCCCUUCCUGAGAUAUUUGAGUCACGGUAGGAAAGAAACUCCAGUCCUGUGUAUAGGUAAGUUAAACCUGCCUGCUGGUGUUCUUGCAAUUGCCUUACGAAUUCACAAGCUCUAGGGGUUCUGAACAGAAGGUGGACGACAGGUACUUUAUCCAAUCCCAAAAAGAGUCUCUAAUCGCGUGACUGAGAAUUCAUCUAGAAAAACCUAUAUUUUUAACAUUAAAACAAAUGGGGGCUUCCUGGACCUCACAGAGUAUUGGAUAUCUACAAGUGCUUUUAUAUUUUGUAACUGUAAAGAGGUUUCAUACGCACAGAAGAGCAGUUGGGAAUCUGGCCAGCUGCCAUUAAACACGAUGACCUUUGCAUGUACAAAGAUGUUGCAUUCAGACUAUGAAAAUAGCAAAUAAAGCUUCGAUGCAAGUUGCACUGGA